GGUGGUUCGGUUUCAAAUACAGCUAUACACAAAGCGCGCUUCCCUUAUAUAUAUAUAUAUCUAUAUCUAUAGUUAGAGAGAGAAACAGAUCACUUUUAACAAACCGAAAAGACUAGAGAGAGAAAAACACUGAAACGAGAGCGAUGGAGGAGGAGGCGGAGCAGAGCAAUUUUAAACUGCGUGACGCCGCCGUCAAUGACGGCGAACCAUCGGCCGUCGCUUUCAAGGCCUUAGAUGAUAGUGAAGCGAUGUUGCCAGAUGGCAGUGAAGACGGGAACAGCGGCGGUGGUGGUGGAGGAAAAGUGAAGGGACCAUGGUCGCAGGAGGAAGACGCGGUAUUGAGUGAACUGGUUAGCAAAUUCGGGGCAAGGAACUGGAGCUUGAUCGCCCGAGGAAUUCCAGGGCGUUCUGGAAAGUCGUGCCGACUUCGCUGGUGUAAUCAGCUCGACCCUGCUGUUAAGCGCAAGCCUUUUACUGAGGAAGAAGACAACAUUAUAAUUAGUGCCCAUGCUGUGCAUGGAAAUAGAUGGGCCUCAAUUGCAAAAUUGCUCCCUGGUAGAACAGACAAUGCAAUUAAGAACCACUGGAACUCUACAUUGAGGCGCCGGUUUGCUGGGCUUAGAAAGGUUAAACCAGUACAUUGUGAGAGGUUAGAUAAUAGCAGCAUUGACAGAGUUGAGGUGUCAUCUGAAGAAACCAAGCCAUUUGAAGAUCAUAAUCAAUCUAAAGCCCAAGAGGCAGGGGAAGUAGUCCUCAUGCAAUGCGAACCCAGCCAGUUUGAAAACAGAUCUACGAAUGAAAUGUCUGCUUCUCCUGAAAAAAUUCCACAUCUUGUUUCUGGAAGAUGUAAUUCCACUAUUAUGGAAAAGAAUCCAUCUGUUUCUCGCCCAAUUGCAAAAAUUGGUGCCUUUGAUGUGUUAAACCUUUCUUCUGCUGCCUUUGCAUCAUCAAGAACAGUGCCCGUGCAGGGGCCUCUACUCCAGGUCUCCUCACCUCCCUUCGGCAUCUGUAAACUUCUUGAAGGUGUAUCUGAUGAUCCCUUAAUACCUUUGAGAUGCGGCCAUGGUUGUUGUUCAGCUACCAGCAUGAGUUUCUCUGCUAGUUCAUUAUUGGGGCCCGAGUUUGUUGAAUAUGAGGAGCUUCCCGCUGUCUCUAGCCAUGAGUUAACUGCCAUAGCCACAGAUUUAAACAAUAUUGCUUGGAUCAAAAGUGGACUCGAGAAUGCUGGUAGAUUAUCUCGCCGAACCACUAGCCAAAGAGAUUAUCAAGGUAGUUCUACUUCAACUCCAAUGCCAAUGUCGAACUUUACGUUGCCAAAUGAAGUUGAAAGCUUGAGCUGAAGCCAUUUUGAUGCCACCCUUUUCUCCUUUUCUUUUCUUUUCUUUUAUUUUUUUAUUUUUUGUUUUUAAGUAAAUAGAAAAUAGAAGAAGUCUUCUUAAGCGGUGAAAAAGAGAAUCAUCUUUUUGCUGGAGAAUGUCGGACCAAGAAUUUUAGGAUUUUAUGAAGUUAAUGUAUGGCUGGCUAGGAAACGCUCAUGAUACAUUAUUUUUGUUAGAAUUGUCGCUGACAAAGAGACAGGUUUUUGAGCCA